CACUUCCGGCUCAUCCUCAGAUUGAGUGUGUUGUUGACUCGGGAUCUCUCUGUCGGUGUUUUCUCGUUAUUCUCUUUUCUCUGUAAAUGUCGCAAUGAUGUAGAUAAGAAGAGUUUUUCGGCCUCUUCAUGACACGCGCUACCGGCCUCCGUCCCCGCAGGAAUCGGCCUGAAGACUGUGAGGAGUGAACGACUGAACGAAGGGGAGGAUGUGGCAGAGUGUUGGUUUGACAGUGUUGGUGAUCGUGGCCACUCUGAUAUGUGUCCUCCUCUUCAUGCUCUUCGGGUGGUACGUGGUGUGGCAGCUCUUCCUGUCCAAGUUCAAGUUCCUGCGGGAGUUAGUAGGAGACACCGGAUCUCCACAGGCUGAAACCGAGCCCUCAGAGUCUGAGAGCGAACGCAGCUCCCCCCCGACGCCCCGCCAGAAGCCCAAAACAACCCGCCAGAGGAUCAUCCCUCCAGAGAGCACUACAUAGAACCCACAGCUGCUUAAUUAUGGUCUGGACCUGCAUCACUCACUGUGCUCUCCUUCAGGCAUCAUGCGUUCAUUUAUUCUUCUCGCCGCAUUACAAACAGCCAAUAUGAAGUCACGAUUAUUAUUGUUUUUAUGAAGCACAUGUCUCAACUAUAACAGCUGCUAUUGGAUCUCUGGCUGCACGGAUGUGUACAAAUAUUCACAUGAGAGCAUACUGAUAUGUAUAUGUUACAGUUUAACCAAUCUAAUAAUUAUGAGCAAACAUGCUGAGUUUAGCUUAACAGCACUACUGUUCACAUCGCUUCUGACAUGUACCGAAUAAGUGCAAUGGAAACUGCUUCAUUUUAACUCGGGGUUGCAAUUUUGUGAGGUAAACUCGCAUUUUGACAGGACUGCACACCCUAGAGAUGCUCUUUUUAGACGGAUGGUUUUGUUGGAUUGCUCUUAAACUCAGCGUAGUGCUUUAAGAUGGCCACCAGUCGCCUCACUCCCGUCCUUGUGCCUCUGGUUUGGGUUGAAGUCGUCCCGUUUGAGCGGAUGGAUCUCAGUUUCCCUGCUUUAUUAGAGUUAGAAAUGCCACACUGACUCCGCCUGUGUGUGAAACUGUGAGCACAGGUCAACAACACCGUUAUCACCAAUGUAGACGGUCCACGUGUUUUGUUACAUUUUUUUGGUCCCUUUUAUGACAGUAGAUGUUUUCCCUUCAUAAUAAAUAUAUUUCGUAAAACA